ACCACUACAAAAAAACGCGUGUUUACCGGCGUAAACUACCGGCGGCGCUAUUGCCGUCGGUACACAACGGCGGCACGGCGGCGGCAUUUCAGGCGACCCGAACCUUCGAAAUUACCGGCCAGUUACCGACGGCAAACCCGCCGACGUUAACUAGCGACGGCGACGCCGCCGUUAAGUUUUGAAUAUUCAAUAAAACAUUAUUUUAACACAAUUACCGACGGCGUUGUUGCCGUCGCUAGAUAGCGGCGGCACUUGCCCUCGGUAAUGUCUAAUAUUAGGGCACGCGUAACCUCCUUUUUUUAGUUCUGCGCAAAACAGAUCCCCCCCACCCCCCGCCGCUUCUGCUGCUGCCUGCUGCUGCCACCAGCCGACCGCCGCCGCCGAACCCCGCCGCCGACCGCCGCCGUGCCCAGCCGCCCGUUCGACGAUUUCGUUUCGCCGCUUUCUUCACGACACCCGCCGGAAACCACCACCAAUUUGCAAGAAUGAGUGAUAAUCGUACGUGGAUGUACGCGAGAUACAAUGAUCGUACCGCAUUUGAAACGGGGCUUGAGUUUUUCCUUGAGUGGGCGUUCAAUCAAACGGCGUACACAGAUGGACAAGGUAACAUUAGGUGCCCGUGUAAGAAGUGCAAGAAUCAAGCGUAUUUAGAUGUACCUACGGUCAGAGAACAUGUUAGUAGGCGUGGAUUUGUCCUGAAUUACAAAGUUUGGGUUUGUCACGGGGAAGCACCGCUGUCUAUGCCGAGAGAACAUGCUAUAAUGAAUGAGGAUGAUGGAUUAUACAAUAACUACGAAAGGAUGGUGCAUGACCAUGCUGGACCUAGUAAUUAUCAAGAUCCUCCAAAUCUGGAGCAGCCGCCCAAUAAUGACGCUCAACAGAUUUAUAACAUGUUGGAUGCAGCGGAUACUCCAUUGUACGCAGGAUGUGACACGUACUCACAAUUAAGUUGGAUGACUCAAUUCAUGAGCAUAAAGACUGAAAGCCACAUGUCAGAGAGGACUUACAAUCAGAUGUCUUCGAUGAUGAAAGCUGCUUUACCAGAGGGUAACAACUGUCCAGAAGACUUCUAUAGUACGAAAAGAAAUCUACGUGGUUUGGGUUUGCCAGUAGAGAAGAUCGAUUGCUGUGUUAAUAACUGCAUGUUGUAUUGGGGGGAAACUAGUGAGCUACAUAGUUGUAUGUUCUGUGACCAAUCACGAUAUAAGGACAGCUUGCGUGCAUCUGGGAGUCGCAGAAAGAAACAAGUGCCCGCUAAACAGAUGCACUAUUUUCCCUUGACGCCCCGAUUGCAGAGAUUGUUUGCAUCUCCUGCAACUGCUGAACAUAUGCGGUGGCAUGCGACCUCCACAGACGAUGGGAUAAUGCGCCACCCGGCCGACUCUCCGGCAUGGAAACAUUUGAAUUCAGUCUUUCCUGGAUUCGCCGAUGAGAUCAGAAAUGUGAGAUUGGGCCUCUCUACAGAUGGUUUUGCCCCAUUUGCACAAUCAGGGCGUCAAUAUUCUUCUUGGCCAGUUAUUGUCACGCCGUAUAACCUGCCUCCGUGGUUGUGCAUGAAAGAACAAUUCAUGUUCCUCACAGUCCUCGUGCCUGGCCCAUCAAACCCAAAGAUGAAGUUGGACGUAUUCUUACAGCCAUUGAUACACGAGUUAAAAUCUCUGUGGGAGGUUGGUGUGAACACUUACGACAUAUCGUUGAAGCAAAAUUUCCAGAUGCGAGCAGCUCUGAUAUGGACUAUCAGUGAUUUUCCAGCGUACGCUAUGUUGUCUGGGUGGGGUACAGCUGGGAAAUUGGCAUGUCCACAUUGCAUGGAGAAUACAGAAGCAUUCACUUUGCCGAUGAGUGGAAAACAAUCGUGGUUUGAUAAUCAUCGGAAGUUCUUACCUCCUAACCAUGUGUUUAGGAGAAACAAAACUUCAUUCUUGAGGAAUAAGACAUGCAAUGUUGGUCCACCAGAACAAAGAUCAGGAAUACAAAUCUUGAAUCAAAUCGAGGGGUUAGGCUUCGUGAAGGUUACCGAAGACUUCGAUGGCAGGAACGCUCAACUCGCCAAAUAUCAAGAUGUAGGGUGGAAAAAGAAAAGCAUAUUUUGGGAUCUACCCUAUUGGAGAUAUCUUUUGAUUCGACAUAAUCUGGAUGUUAUGCACAUUGAGAAAAAUGUGUUUGAUAACGUGUUUAUUACUGUCCUGAAUGUGAAGGGGAAGACAAAAGAUACAGAAAAAUCUAGAGAAGAAUUGAACACCUUCUGCAAGCGGAAAGAGUUGAAGAAAGUGGCUGGAACUCGAGGGUAUCCGAAAGCAUGUUAUACGCUUGACAGGGAAGAGAAGAAGAUCUUACUCCAAUGGAUCAAGAGUCUGAAGUUUCCCGAUGGGUACGUGUCAAAUAUUAGUAGAUGCGUUGACAUGAACGCCCUGAAGAUGCACAACAUGAAAAGUCACGACUGUCACGUGUUCAUGCAAAUCCUUCUGCCUGUUGCAUUUAAAGAACUUCUUCCUAAGAAUGUUUGGGAGGCAAUUACAGAGUUAAGUUUCUUCUUCAGAGAAUUAACAUCCCGCAACGUGGCCAUAUAUGACAUGAGAAUACUGAGUGAGAAGAUAGCUGUUACUCUUUGCAAACUUGAGCGUAUCUUCCCGCCUAGUUUAUUUGAUUCAAUGGAGCACCUACCAGUUCAUUUGGCAGAUGAGGCACGAUUGGCUGGUCCAGUGCAAUAUCGGUGGAUGUAUCCUUUUGAAAGAUAUUUGAGGACAUUAAAAAAUCAUAUAAAGAACAAAGCCAAGGUUGAGGCGUCCAUCGCCAAUGCAUACUUACAUGCAGAAAUGUCAACCUUCUCUUCGUUUUACUUUGAAGAUCAAAUAUCUACAAAGUGGACAACUUUGCCUCGCAAUAUUGAGAUGCCCGUUGCUGAAAAUGAUGAUCCUCUUUGUCUCGCCAUAUUCAAACCUAUUGGGCGUUCACUUGGCCGAGGGACGAAGAGAUACAUGGAUGAGCGCGAAUGGCAUGCUGCACACAUGUAUAUUUUGAGCAAUUGUGCAGAGGUUGCAGAGACAUAUAGCAAGAUCUUCAAGGAGGAAAAACGAUAUGCAAAUCCUUACAUGACUGAUGCAGAGUUUGAAGUCGCGUUUCACAACGAGUUUAUUCUGUGGUUUAACCAUUACGUUUGUCGUCCUUGUAACGACGAGUUGAACCCUUAUAUUAGAUCGCUUGCAGCUGGACCAUUAAGGGAGAUUGAAACAUACUCCGGCUAUUUCGUGAAUGGCUACAGGUUUCACACAACUGAUCAUGAUAGAGAGAGUGCGACUGUGAACAGUGGCGUUUGCAUAAAAGGUUCGGUCUAUGGUAGUGAUAGAGAUGUGCUAGACUUUUAUGGGCGUCUGCAAGAGGUUUGCGUGCUGGAGUAUCCGGGGUAUCCAAUUAAGCAGACAGUCUUGUUCAACUGUGAAUGGUUUGACUUGUCGGCUCAGGGAACUUCUAUUGAUACAGACUUCAAGUUAGUUUCACUGAACCACACACGAAGAUAUAAGAAGUAUGAUCCCUUUGUUUUGGCGAGUCAAGUAGUUCAAGUGUUUUACUGUCCCUAUCCCAGUACGAACCAAUCAAAGAAAAAUUGGUGGUCAGCAUGCAAAGUCAACGCAAGAUCUAAGGUUGAAGUGUCUACUGCAGCAUCUACAUCAACAUUAGAUCAACCAUUUCAAGAAGAAGUGGUUACUAUUAUGCCUACUCACACAAGUGUAGGCAUUGAACAACCACUUCUCCUUCAUCCCCUCGGUGGAGUCGUUGAGAUUGAAGAUGACGAUGAAGCAGAAGACGAUGAUUCCCCGUUGACAUCUAACGAUAGUGAUGAUGAUAGUAGUGAUGCUUAUGAAUAAAUGCAUCAUGUCUACCUCUCGAGGUUUGUUGGGAUUUGGGAGGCGAUAUGGCGUUAAUGCGCCAGAAGCUACAGCAGAUACAUCUGAUGGGUCUGGGACGCAUAUUUCUGGGACUCCCGAGACUCCCCAGGCUUCUAGUAG